AUGGAGGCGUACGUGGUCGACGGGCGCGCCUGCGCGGCCGAGGAGGUCGGGGCGAGCAAGAUCCCCGCGGAAAUGCUGAGGUCGUCGCCGGAAGGAGUGUACACUAGCUUCCUGCUGUGGCCUAGCGGGGAGGUGCACGACCGCCAGCUGCACAGGGAGCGGCUCGCGCUGUCCAUGCUGGCGGUCGCGGCUUCCGCGGAGUCUCACCCGUGGAACGCGGCCGUCAAGGAGCUUCUCGCCCACCUGUCGUCGUCGCACGGCGUCUGCUGCUGCCACCCCCCGAUUCCAAAGAGCUCGCUGCUGGCGCGGAGCGAGGAUCUGCGGAAGGUCUCAGGCUGGCCCUCCCUGCACUCAGCGCUGUGGAGCGACCUCGUUCUCUUCGCGGGUAUCGCGAUGGACCGCUCCAUCGCCGCACUGCCAGCGCUGAGCGCGGACACGGCCCCGCUCCCGCCAGGGCGGGCCAAGGCGUCCACGCGGAAGUGCGUCGUGGUUUUCGAGCCCGCGAGCAGCGACAGCCGCCUCACGCCGUGGUCCGAGGCCUCCCCGGCCUCCCCGGAGCGCGGCGCUGGACGCCCUCUUGCCUUUUGUCCGACGGCCGCCGCGGACCUGCGGCGGGACGACCCGAACAAGACGACGGCCCCGCAGAUGGGCGUGUCCGUGCGCCUCCUCGCGCUCGCGCCGGAGCCCGCGGACCCCGCGGGCGCGACGGCCAGCGCCCCCAUGCGCGUCGUGACAGUUCAGAGCAGGCGACGAGGGCCGACCGCGGCGAAGUACUGCGACUGGGCGCGGGAACGCACGGAGCUGCGGAAGCUCCAGGAGGUCGACGAGGUGCUGAUGUGCGCGGGCGACGCCAUGCUGGAGGGGUUGGUGUCGAAUUUCUUCAUCGUGGAAAGCGACCCGACGCGCGCGCGGCUGACCACGGAGGCGCUCGCGACGGUCUGCCGGCCGGACGUGCCGCCGGAGGCGAGGAAGCUCCGCCUGCGCACCGCGGGCGUCGCGGACGGCGCGCUCCCGGGGGUGGUGCGCGGGCGCGUGAUGGCGGAGUGCGCGGCGGCGGGCGUGCCGGUGGUCGUCGGGCCGCCGGAGCUGUCGUCGCUGCGCAAGUGCCACGAGGCGUUCCUGUGCAACGCGUACCGCGGGGUCGCGGGGCUCGCGGCCGGGGGCCCCCCGGGGCAUGUGGAGGCAGUGGGGGGGGGUGGGAGGGGGGUGUUGACGGAGUGGCUGCAGAACGCGCUGCGCGUGUCGUAG